AAUUCAUCCAUCCAUUCUACCUUUUGCCGUUAAUUGACGUUUAUGAGCGCAUCAUUACCAGUUGUAAUCAACAAGACAAGAUCUUGAAGUAUCAUAUUGAUCUUCAUUGAUAUUCGCUCGUGGUCUAGUUCAACCGCCACCCACGACGCCGACAGCAUCAUCACUAGACCAGGCGAAGGCGGAAUAGAGUCUGCAAAUCAUCCCACCAUUCAUCCCACCUUAUUCUAGCAACGAUGAACGCACAGAGAGUUGGCAUCCGGGCGUUGCGGCAAGCCGCCGCAAAGCAGCCCAGCGCCGUCCUCUUCUCCCAAAACCUCCCACGCCUCUCUCUAGCAGCAAAUGUCUCCAGCCAACAGACUAGAACCGCCGCGACCCAAAAACUCACCAUCGAAGACAGCCAGUCCCUCCUCGCCUCGCAACGGCGCUCCCGCCCCGUCUCCCCUCACUUGACCGCCUACGACUACACGCAGACCUGGUUCGGCGCCUCGAUCUGGACGCGCAUCACGGGGCAAGCCCUCAGCACCUCCUUCUACGCCUUCUCGCUUGCCUACCUCGCCGCGCCGCUGACCGGCUGGCACGUCGAGAGCGCGACCCUCGCCGAGGCCGCUGCCAACCUGCCCCCCUUCAUCAACUCCGCGCUCAAGGCCGUCGUCGCCUGGCCGUUCUUCUUCCACACUGCGAAUGGUAUCCGCCACUUGGUUUGGGACUUCGCGGUGGGCUUCAAGAAGGCGACGAUUCAGCAGACGAGCUACGGUGUUCUGGGUAUCAGUCUUGUGGGAACGCUGGGUGCGGUUUUCUUGCUGUGAUUGGACUUGGACUGGAUCAUCCAGGGCGAAAGGGAAGGGUAGGUGGUUAGUUAGUACCAGGCAACUUCUAGGGUCACAACGGGGGCUUGGAUGAUGCGGUUGGGUCGCUAAACCCAUUCAUUAAUAAUAAGCACCUACCCGGGUAGGCACAUGAGCAAUUGGUCAAUUCAAUAUGGCAAUUGGAUUGUGUCUCUAAGUACCUAGCUACGUAGUCACAUUCAUACGGAGACUGUUACUGUUGUACGAAAAGGAUAAUUCAUUAUGGUUCACUACAGUUCAUGUCACUUUACGAGAUCAAAACAACAAGUAAAAGUCUUAAU